AGACGGAAAAUUUGCAUUCGCCAGGCUCUAUGGGCAAUAGGAAAGACGCGGGUCGACGGAUAUAGGGAUGCGUGCCUGGGAGACACAAUAAUUAAAAAGCGAUUUGUCUAGAAACACAGGUUGAGUUAGGGAGCCCGGGGAGCAGGGGUAGCCGUCGUUCCGCCGCCGGCGGACAGGCCCCACCGAAAAUGAGCACCACCCCGAAGUGGUACUGCCGCAACAAAUCCCAGCCGAUGCACACGUUCGCGGAAAUCGGCAAAUUGGGCCUGGAGCUGCGUCGGAUUACCAAGCGGAUAGUGAUCGAUGUCAACUCGGCGAUUUUCAGUGAACAUGACACCAUUUUGGAGGAGUGCGAGCGGGUGGUGGAGCAGUACUGGAAUCUCAAGGACGAGACGAAAAACGCCGAUUUCCAGUCGCUCUCGAAGAAGAUCAAGAGGAGUCCCUACAACCAGCUGCUGAUGAAAAAGUUCCAUUUGAUUAUGGAUCUUAAUGAUAGACGAUUUUGUCAGCUAACCUUUGUACUAAAGCGCACUUUGAGUUUUCUGCUCCGCAAGUCAAUGCAGUCGGAGAUGUGGCUUAAUUGGGCCCUGCACAUCACCCAGUUAUACAACAAGUGCCGCAAAGUGAAGAAGCUUGUACCUGCCGAAGUGGAAAUCAACCAGGUGAGGAGGAGCCAGCGGAUGGGAGCCAAGUUGGGGAGCAAGAGGAAGGAGGAAAUGCCCGCCAAUGUCUGCAGCAAUAUGUAUCCUGCCCUGCUCUUGGCGCUCAAGAACAUUGAUUUCAGCUAUGUUCUGCAGUUGGUGGCCCAGACCCGAGUGGAGCAAAAUGCCCUGGAUUUGGUUUUUGGUCUUUUUAAUAUGGGCGAGCAGGAUGCCUGGCGGGAGCAGCAGAACCUGGAGUCCACCUCCUCCAGCUUGGAGAUUCUGCGCACCCUAAACAUAUCCUUCGCCGCCGGCGAUUACCAACCGUAUUGCGACUCCGCCCAGGAUUACAAGUCCAUGCAGAUGCAGAUGGCAGAUGCAAGUCUCCAAGUCCAGGAUCAUGACCACCAGAGCCUGCGUUGCAAGCACACGGAGAGUUUCCUGCAGAAGGAGCGGGUCUUCAUAGCCCAGUUGAUAGCCAAGGCCACGGAAAUAAGUCCUACCAUUUUCGAUAAUGGCAAAAAAGGACCUGUGGACAUGAACGCUUAUAUUGUCAAGGGUUUGCGAUUGCUCUGGUCCUAUGUGGGCAUUAUUUUGGACCACAUACUCCUCUGGUGGAUAGAUAACCCCGUUUCCUGUUAUCGCCUUACCCAUAUAGACUCCAUACGAAGCUGGCUUUAUCAUCAGAGUGUAACGAUAUCCCCGAACCCGUUUUUCAACGCUCCGUGGAUUGGUGAAAUUCUUACCGGAUUUGUUUGCAACAAUAUUUGGGAUCAGCUCUUCCGUCUCACUAUAUCUUCCAAUAACACCAAUCGCUUGGUGGAUGGUGCAGAACAAUAUCGCGAUUGCCCCAAAAUGUAAUUCCGAUAUAUAAAUCUCUUAAACAUUUAACUUUUACUAACAAUUAUCUUAGGAUUUGGUACUCCAACCGGAAGUUGGAUUAGUAUUUUCGCCAAUCUGGUAAAUCUGAGUAACCAAUAUUUCUCCAUGGAGGCGCACAAUAACUCCAGCUUGCUGCCAGGCGAGCAGAUACCCAUACUACAUAGACUAGAUCAUUCGGUGCACUCGAUGCGUUUAUGGGUCACUGAGCAAGCGAAGCCUUGCUGCGAGUGGAAAAUGGACCGCUUUUUCAGAUUCUGGAGCACGAUGUCAGCUGUGCCUGAAUGUCUUCAUUACCUUCAACUGCCGAAACUCACUGCCGACCUGAGCGAUAUCCUGAUGUUGGUUUGCGUUGCCCUGCGGACUAAACUUAUCGCCGAGGUCAACGCCAAUAUAGACAAGCUUAAGAAAACCACCGACGAGUGUGUUCAGAUCCUAUCAGCAGUUUGUCGGGUCCUAAGCCUGGCCAACUUUACGCUUUGUUUUCCCGCCCAAUUUUGGCAGCGCGAGUUGUACAACAACGAUGAGAAGAGCCUCUAUGUGGGCUAUGUGCUGGACGAGAUCUAUCUGCCCAUCAUACGUGCCACCAAGGACAUUGUCAUCCUCAAGCUCAUCCAACUCAUCUGCGAGGCCUGGCUGGACUACAUCUACCAGAAACGCAUCCGUUUCAGCGUGAAUGGAGCAGUUCGAUUGCUGAAUGAUUUCGAUGAUGUGCGUGAGUGGAUCCUGGCCUGCUCCUUGUUGGAUGAGCAGCAGCUGGAUAAGCUGAGAACCACGAGUGUGCGCAUGUGCAAGGGCGUGGGAAAGAUACUGCUCCGUAAGCCGGAGGAUGUGAUCUCCAUAACCCAGUCGCCCAAAUUUGACAAGAAGGCGCAGGACGCCUCUGCCCAGGAUACCCAGCUGCCCUCGGAGAUGUUCGUCUCCAAUCAGAAGCACUGGCUGCAACUUCGCGCCAGUGGAGGCAAUGGAUUUCCUUUCCUGAAACUCUGCUGCGGAGAUGCCAUGUAG